AUGCCAUAUCCCGUUCCGAUAUACAAGCAGUACGCGUCCAACGCGGUGUUUGCUGUUCAAAUAAGCUUGUGGGCAAUGCUCUUCCUCGGUGAUGCGAUCUUUGAAGCACUGAAGGUGCCGAAGCCGGAAAUCGUUACAUCAGCGCAGGGGAACAAGAUGAUGUCCUUCAUGGGAGUUUGGCUCGUUGGCAAUAUGGUUUCAGCCCAGCUGCUCAACACCGGAGCCUUCGAAAUCCAGCACGGGGAUCAGCUUGUUUGGCGUUUGACUUGGCAUGGAGUCUAG